CAUUUGGUGAAUAGCCAGUGAAGUCGUCUCCUCCAAGUCUCCCACAGAUUCCACUUCGUUUCAUGCUAGUACCUUUUUUUCUGAUCUAAUUUGAGUUAAUUUUUGGGAAUUAAGUAAAAAUGGGGAGGAGGAAACUGAAGAUGGAGCGAAUCGAAGAUAAAAGCUCGAGACAGGUUACCUUCUCCAAGCGAAGAAAUGGAUUGUUCAAAAAGGCAAAGGAGUUAUCGGUGCUCUGUGAUUUGGAUAUCGCCCUCGUUAUCUAUUCCUCUCCUGGCAAACUCUACCAAUACUGCAGCACUCACAGAAUGAAUAAGAUCCUGCAACGAUAUCAUAAUCAUCCAGCUGCAAAAGAUACAAGUCCCUCCACACAACAGGAUGAAUAUUCAAGUUUCCUCUCAUGUGAGGAGCUCCUUCAAACUGUGGAUAGGAAGCUCGGCGAGCCAUCGUCCGACGACCUCACGGUCAAGGACUUUAUGCAUCUCCAGAAACAAUUUGAGACUGCACUAAUGCAAACCAGAGAAACUAAGACACGUUUGCUACUCAAGUCUAUAUCAAGCCUUGAGGAACAGGAGAAGCUGCUGGAGGAAGAGAAGAUGGUGCUGCAGGGGAAGGUGAAUGAGAGCAAGAGGAAGAAGAAGAGGAAGAGAGUUGCGAUUGAUCUGAACUCGAUUCCAACAACUGAAUAAGUGAUUAUCUCUGCCUCUGAGAAUGCAAUAAGUGUUGUGUUCAUGCAAUCUUAUCUUUGUUGUCCACCCUCAAGAUUGAACAAGUGUAAUAUGGAGUGAUGAUUAUAUAAUCUAAAUAGAGUUUGUGUUGAA